AUGGCGCCGCCGCUGUCACGUCUCCUCGUGAUAUUCCUACUAGCGCUUCUCUUCUCCGCCGGCGCCGGGGCAGACAGAAGCACCGACGGUGGCCACCACCAGAGCCAAACGACGCGCCACGCCCGCAUCUUCAGCUUCGGCGACUCGCUGACCGACACGGGGAACUUGCUGUGCAUCCUGGGCGAGGGGACGCUGAUCAGCCGGCCACCGUACGGCGAGACCUUCUUCGGCCGCCCCAGCGGCCGCGUGUCGGACGGCCGGAUCAUGAUCGACUUUUUCGCUGAGGCGCUGGGGGUACCUGAGCCAACACCGUACCUCGCCGGGAAGACGGCGGCGGACUUCCGGCGCGGGGUGAACUUCGCGGUGAGUAGAGGGACGGCAGUGGACGCCGCGUUCUUCGAGGGCAGAGGGCUCAAGAUGUUCGUGCGAGUCUCUCUUCGGAACCAGGCCAGGUGGUUCAAGAAUGUUUUGCAGCGUCUUGGCUCGGUUCGUGAGCGGAGGAACAUGACGGCGACCUCCCUGUUCAUAGUCGGGGAGAUCGGGAUCAACGACUACCUCAUCGGCGGCCUCUACGGAAACCGCACCCUGAGCGAGCUGAAGACCGUCUUCCUGCCGCAGAUCAUCCGCGCCAUACGUUCCACUGUGACCGUGAGUCGUCGUCGUUAG